ACGAACACCGGGCAGACCGAUCUCCGCUCGGCUAUCUCGGUUUUGCCUUCAGUUUGCUGUCGUGAGCACACCUGAACAGGUGACUGACUCUAUCGUUUGAUAAACUCCACAGCCGAAAAACUCGUCCGCGAUCACAAUACGCGUUCCAAUACCGAAAAGAAACGUUAUUUUUUGGGGACUCGUAUCAACAUUUGUGACACGAACCCCGACAACAAUUUUACUAAUAUUUUUCAUUCAUCUUCGAGAACCUCGAAUCAUAGAAACAAUCGAAAUUACAAAUCAACGUGCGGAUUUCUAAACACUCCUAUUAACCAACAAUACAGGCAAAAGUGAUUUUACCAAUGCACAGAGAUAUCACACGCGUUUAUUCAUAAAUCCACGAAAAACAAAAACGAAAGUUGACAGAAGGAUCUUCCAAGAUUACCGAAGAUUUGAGUUUCAGGUUCCAAAUGAAUGGGGCAACGUUGCUUUCGAGAUUCACCGAAACUUUAUAGCGUGCGUAAACAAUGUGGAAACGGUGAUCAAUUAACGCGAACGUAUCGGGAUUAUCGCCAUGAGCAAUGUUCCGUUUAACGCCGGGAGCUCACCUGGCCAGGUGAACACGCUUCGUGUGCUCCGCAGUUUAUCAGUAACGCGCUGACAGUCAGCGCGGAGCAAGGAAACGAGUAUUAAAAUCUGUUGUUCCUUACGCGUCGAAUGGCAUUUGAUCGAUCGCCGGUCGAUCGCAUGUUUUAGCCAACGGCAACCCGUUUUCUCGGUAUUCGCGACGUUUUCGUGUUUAGACAAAUCAUUCGACAGUGGAACAAUGAACGAUCGUGACUUUCGAACAAAGUGACAUGUAACCAGUGAAAGUACAGGCAGAACAAUUUGUUACGCAGUGAUGUUCGAGGGUAAUCCGUCACAAAAAAUUAGUUUGGAAACCAGCAGCGAAGUGUUCCGACUUUGAAGAACAAUACGCGUCGGCGCGCACGGGGGAAAAAAUCGUGGUUCACAGAUUAAUUGAGUCGGCGGCCUCGGCUACGACAGCCCCGUGAAAACAGAUCCAUUACUCAACACGAUCGAUCCAGCCGAAGUAUCAAGGCUGAUUUGCACAGGAAAAUUCAUCGAGGAGAAGUAAUCAUGACAAUUAGAGGAUGGUUGCCGCCCAGAUGAUCUUAAAGAAGCCGAUGCCCGCAUUCACGUGGUUGCUACGGUCGUACAAGAGGCGCAGAUUCAAGCAGGAAUGGCUGAUAAUCGUAUUUAUGUGCCUUUUGACGAGAUGCUCAGCCAGGAACAAUCCGCCGCGGUUUCUCAUCGACGGCCAGACGGAAAUCAUUCUCAGACUGAAGGAGGGCUCCGAUACAACCGUCGGCAGUUUAAUUUACCGGCUUCGCGGCGUCGAUCCUGACGGUGACAGUCUGACGUUCGGUGUUAGGGACCAACCUGGCAGCGACGUGAUUCGGGUCGAGAAUUUUAGUCCGAACGAGGCCAAUAUUUACCUGAACAAAUUGCUGGACAGAGAGGCCAGGGACGAGUACGCAUUAGUGCUGACUUUGACGGACGGAAGGCUCGGCGAAGGAAAUUUCAUUACGCAGAGCUUAUUAUUGCUCGUGGAGGAUGUUAAUGACAAUGUACCGAUUUUUCGACCUCAUCCGACUUCUUUGACUAUAAGAGAGGAUUCUGGCCCAGGCAUUUUAACCACUGUAGAAGCUACUGACGCGGAUUUAGGCGUGCAUGGUCAGGUGGUCUACUAUCUACAAGAACUCGACGGCGACAACGAUGUAUUCAGCAUCUCGACUGUCAAUGGAAAGGGAGUCGUGCGUCUUGUCGGUCGUUUGGACUACGAAAGGAAAUAUUUGUACCAGCUAAGAAUUUUGGCGAUUGAUCGAGCAAUUAAUGAAAAGGUAAAUACAGGAACAACAGCGAUACUCGUUAAGGUUCAGGACGUCGAGGAUCAACCACCGGAAUUCAUAACCAUGACGCCUGUUGCUAGGAUCAGUGAAAAUGCCAGGAUAGGCACGUCCAUUCUUCAAGUUCGCGCGGUGGACGGCGACAAAGGAAUAAAUAAUAAAGUGACUUAUAGCAUCACUCAAGGUCCGCGAUAUUUAUUCGACAUAGACGCGACUUCCGGUCUGGUGUUCACCAGGGCGCAACUCGACAGAGAAGCGGAGGAAAAUGCGGAAGGCGCGUUUGUUCUGGAAAUUACUGUGAGAGAAGUGUCGAAAAUUGUACCACCGCCGUCAGUAUCAACCGAAGUCACUAUCAUUCUUACGGAUGUUAACGACGAGACGCCCAAGUUUCGAAACCCACAAUACCGAGCUGAAAUAAAUGAAAAUGCGCCGCAUAAUACAGCGGUGAACUUCAUCGGGGAUGCGAUACCGGAAGUUUACGAUCACGACCUGGGCACAAAUGGUACUUUUAGAAUACUCAUUGAUGGCGAUGAUGGAAUGUUUGAUGUAACACCAUCCAGAGGAAUUAACGAAGCCCCUUUUCUAAUACGCGUCAAGAAUUCUACCAAACUUGAUUAUGAAACGAUAUCAGAGGUAAAUUUCACGUUAAUAGCCAAAGAAGUGGUGCCAGUUAAAUCGAAAUACAGCACUGUUCCAGUAACAGUAUUCAUAAAAGAUCAAAACGAUAAUUAUCCGGAGUUCACCGAAAGUAUUUACGAAGUGUCAAUUCCGGAGAAUUGUGUUGUGGGAACGACAGUGGCGUGGGUUCAAGCAUUAGACGAGGACAGUGGCAAUUUUGGAACUCGAGGCAUUCGAUAUACUCAUUUAGGGGGCAGUAUUGCACACGCUCUGUCAAUGGAUCCUUCGACAGGUGUGAUCACAGUGAAAGAAUCUGGACCUAGUUUUGAUCGAGAGCUAGUGUCCCGACAUUAUUUGACCAUUGAGGCAAGGGAUGAUCUUGGUAAAGGUAACCGGAAUACAGCCCAAUUAAUCGUGAAUGUGAAUGAUGUGAAUGACAAUGCGCCAGUAUUUCUACAAAAUAAAUACGAAGCCGUGCUCUUGGAAAAUGCUGCUAACUUCGAAUCACCUUUGGUAGUCGAAGCUUUUGACAUUGAUUUGAAUGGUACCAAGAACAGUGAGGUGAUAUACGCUCUUGUGUCUGGGGAAUUUUCACGGAAUUUUACAAUUGAUCCGAAGCGUGGAAUCAUCGUUCCAUCAACACCGUUGGAUUAUGAAGAAUUGCCAAUCAGUAAAGGGCAUAAAAGCUUACCUGUACGGCCACUGAGAUUGACAGUGAGAGCGAGGGAUGCGGGAACGCCGAGUCUGAGCUCCGAUGCGCCAUUAAUUAUUUACUUAAAGGAUAUUAAUGAUAACGCCCCUGCUUUCGAAAGGACACUGUACAAGAGAAGCAUUCCUGAAGAUUUAGGUGGCGGCACCAGCGUAGUUCAGGUCAAAGCAUGGGAUAAAGAUUUGUCAUCGCCCAAUAACAAGUUAGUCUAUAGAAUCCAAAGCGGGGCAGGUGAUAAAUUCGUGAUUAGUCCCGAGACAGGCGUGAUUAGGGUUGCCCCGGGUUCGAAUUUGGACCCAGACCUCACGUCUCCGAAAACAACGAGGUACAGCUUAAAUGUUCUCGCGAUAGACAGCGGGACGGAAAUACAAAGGACAGCUGAAGUGCUGGUUAAUAUUACAAUCGUGGACGUUAACAACAAGCCGCCGGUAUUCAUUGAUCCCGGUACAGUCAUCAUACGUGAAAAUACUCAGGUUGGAUCAUACGUGCACCGUAUUGUCGCCAAUGAUCCCGAUAUUGCACCAAUUUUGCGUUACCGUAUCGAUCCGAAUUCCUCUGAAGCUAGAAACGAAGAAGGGACGUUAAUUAAAAUUCAAGAAUACGAUUAUCUGUCUGCUUUAGAAUUAAACGCAGUGGACGGUUUGCUUCGAGUAGUUAAACUGUUGGAUAGAGAAAGAGUAGAAACGAUAAGACUAGGUAUAGUUGUUGAAGAUUUGGCUGCUGUUCGAGGAGCACAAACUGCAUUCGCAAUAUUAAAUAUAAUAAUCGAAGAUGAGAAUGAUAAUAAUCCAAGAUUCCGAAGGCCAUUUUAUAGGCGAUCAGUGACGGAAAACAGUAAAAAUGGCGUGAACAUCGCGAACAUUGUGGCCGAUGAUGCCGACAAGAAUCGUAGUAUCACUUACACGUUGGAAAGUCCACAGGAAUUGACUGAUUUAGUGCAUCUCGAUUCUGAAACGGGCGAAAUGGUCGUGGCGAAUAAAAUCGACAGGGAACAAUAUUCCUGGCUCAAUUUAACAGUUAGAGCUACCGAUUCGGGAAUACCGCCAAGAUCGAGCCUAUCAGAGGUUUACGUUCAGGUUCUGGACGAGAACGAUAACAAUCCAUAUUUCGUAACGGAUAUUAGUAACUUAACGGUGAUGGAAAAUGCCAAGAUCGGUACAGAGAUUGCUGUUAUUCAAGCUAGUGAUCCCGAUACCGGCGAUUAUGGGAAAAUAACUUAUCUACUCGAUAGGAUGUCGUCUCAGGGAACUUUCGCUAUUCACCCGGAAUAUGGUGCAUUGACAGUAGCAGAUUCCAUCGAUUGGGAAGCCAAACAAAGUUACGUUCUAGUAAUCGAGGCGUGGGACAACUAUCAAUUCGGUUACACGGCUGGCGAAUCGAGGAACGCGUUCAAACAAAUUCAGGUGACAGUAAUAGAUGUCAACGACAAUUCACCAAAAAUGGAUAUACCAUCCACAUGCAUCACUAUAUCGGAGUUCCAUGAUGUGAAAGAUUUGAUUUUCGUUAUAAAAGUGAAAGAUGCUGAUGAUCCAACAACGCCAAAUGGUCGAGUGAAGAUCAGAAUUCUUUCUGGAAACGAAUUAGGUUUCUUCAUUCUAGAACAAGUAGAUUCUUGGACAGCUAGUAUAAAAGCUGCCCACUCGCUUCGGGGGAAGUUCGGGAAUUAUUCACUGUCGUUGGAAGCACGCGAUCUUGGCAGUCCCUCCAACAAAGAUACCUCAACUUUAAGUAUUUGCGUCACUGAUUACAACGACAACCCACCGGUCUUCAUUAGUCCUCAACAUAACACGACGAUUCGUGUACCAGAGAAUGUAACAGUCGGGACACCAAUUAUUCAAAUCGAAGCUAAAGACGCAGACACUGGUCCGAACGGUGACGUUCAUUAUCGUUUGAAACAAGAUUUGGCUGGCCAUUGGAGAACUUUUCGAAUUGACGAGGCAACCGGAGUUGUUUCAUUGCAACUUCCACUAGACAGAGAAACUCAAAAACUGUAUGAGAUCAGAGUGGAAGCAUAUGAUCUAGGUACUCCAACUCCACUGAGUUCGGAUCUGGAUCUAAUAAUAUAUGUUCGAAAUAUCAACGACUACGAGCCUCAAUUUUUAGUAGAUAUUUUCAACACUAACUUCACGGAGCAGCAAUUUCCUGGGGCAGAAACUAUCUUGCUACCGCAAACCGUCGAUCGAGAUGACAUCGAUGAACUAGAAGAUCCACCAGCUCAAGUUUGCUACUUCAUUGUUAGUGGGAACGAUGAUGGAUUCUUUAUCCUUGAUAUAUUUAAACACGAAUUAAGUACGGCUAAAACAUUAGACAGGGAACAACAACAGCAACACCUGCUGAUUAUAAAAGCGACAGAAGAUUGCAGCACAAUGCCUGCAAACGAUAGUUUCAUUGAGGAUGCGACCGAUACUACUUUGAAAGUUAUCAUAGAUGUGGUAGACAUAAACGACAAUCCACCAAAAUUUGUUAGUAAAAUAUUCACAGGUGGUGUCACCACUGAUGCUGAUUUUGGCACACAGUUUAUGCAUGUUAAGGCAAUCGAUUUAGACGCCGGUGAUAACGCAGUAAUUAAUUAUUACCAACUUGGUAAAAUUCAUAUGACUUUGACAGAGGGUUUAGAUGAUAUUGAGAUACAACCAUUUUUGGUUAACAAACUUACCGGAGUAGUGAGCUUGAAUUUCGAUCCGCAAAGAGGAAUGAAAGGCUAUUUCGAUUUCAUGGUCCUGGCCAAUGACUCGCAUGGUCUUCAGGACACUGCGAGGGUAUUCAUUUAUUUGUUACGGGAAGACCAAAGAGUUCGUUUUGUGUUGAGACAGCAUCCACCGGAAAUCCGGAACAGAAUAGACACGUUCAGGGAGACAUUAGGCAACGUGACAGGUGCAAUAGUGAACAUCGACGAAUACAAAAUCCACGAGAAUCACGACGGGUCUGUCGAUCGAACAAAGACGGACCUCUAUUUGCAUCUCGUCAAUCGUCGGGACAAUUCCAUUCUAGAGGUGUCCGAGGUUCUCGAAUUAGUCGAUAGAAACAUUGAGAAGCUCGACAGCCUGUUCAAGGAAUUCAAUGUUCUCGACACGCAACCAGCUCAAUAUCAGCCAAUUAUUCAGUACGAGCAAGCAGGGACGACUUUUUGGCUUUUGACUUUGACCUUGUUUCUGGGUGCUCUGCUAAUUUUGUGCAUAGCUCUGUGCCUUUCGCAAAGAGCCUCGUUUCGCCGACAAUUAAAAGCAGCGAACGCGUCUCCUUUUGGCACGUCGGACGCGGAAUUUAUUAGAGGUCCAGGACGCGUUCCUAACACGAACAAGCACAGCGUCGAAGGAUCGAAUCCAAUAUGGAUGCACGCUUACGAGAACGAAUGGUUCAAAAGUGAUGAGUCCAUUAGUCACACAUCUGAAAGAGACUCCCUCGACGAGAACGCAUUGAACAACGAAGAAAUGAUGAAUGAAGUUAACACGAACCAAAGAAACGACGACAAACCGUAUUAUAUAGAGCCAAGAGUGUCUUCCAUUUCCAGCAUGGAAAGUAUUGCGAACAUUCCAAAUAAUUUCCAUCACACAUCAUCGUUACAUCGAACACACAAUACGAUCGUCAAUCCUCUUGGCAAGAAAAUCGAAACAACGGAGCUUUAACUGAAUAACGAUGGUAAACUUGAAGUAACGUGUUUCUUUGUGAUGAGGUCUGCGACCGAGGAAUAUUGUAAAUUUAGAAGUGUUCGUGUAUAUAGUCAUACAUCGUACAAACAAUAGAAGUAUUUAAUAUUUAUUUUAUAGUAAACUUCAGUGCGAUAACAAUAAAUGCUAUUUAUUGACGAACCAUUAUUACCUAUAUGUCAUGCAAAAUCUCGUACAUUGAACGAAAGAGAAUAAUUAUUACAACGAAGUACGCAGUUAUGAAGUACGCAAAACUCAACUUACCAUAAUGUGUAAAAGAAACGUACAAUGAUGAUCUCUGCACAUGGACAUUCACUGUUGAAAUGUU